AUGCUGAGCGAGAGAGAGUACUAUUCUUCCUUCAGUGAACAAACUGACCCGCUGAAUGCGGGAUCCGAUGCUCCUACGGGAGAUGAACAGCCUAUAUCCGCCGGCCUCCCCAAGGACAUCACCCUCGCCGCCUUGUCGCAACUGGGUGUAUUUCGAACAGGAUCGAAUCGAUGCUUCGUGUCGAUCAUCGACGGCCAGAACCAGUUCAUCAUAUCUGAAACCACGAAAUCGGUCUCACUACGGAACAAGGACAAACACAUCCCGGGCGAUGGCGUAUAUAUUGGGGUCCGGGCGCUAGAUCUAGUGUGGGGGGUGUGCCCUCACACCAUCAAGCUGUUCACCUCGACCGAUUCUUCGAUUGAUAUCGACACCCCGAACGUAACGGCAAAUGUCUCCCGCUACAUCAUUCGGGAUUUUACAAAAGAGGAUAGCUUCAAGAAUCGCCCCUAUGUUCUCGAAUGGCCACACAUGCGGUUCUACGCGGAAGUGCCGCUGCUCAGCGCUGCUGGAUACGUGCUCGGGUCAUACUGUGUUGUUGAUGACAAGCCCCGAGACAAGUUCGAUGACGAAGAGGUUGCUGUUCUGCAAGAAGUGUCGGAUGCGAUCGCAGCACAUCUGGAGAACGUCCGUCUAGUUCAUUGCCAACGGCGGGCGGAAUCUCUCAUGAAGGGGUUGACCAGUUUUGUGAAAGAAAAUCCUGAGUUCGAACCCAAUGAGGCUUCGAAAGACGGCCACCUCGUACCAUUUGCUCUCGGCCUACCAGGCUAUACCUCGACCGGCAGCAGUGGCAGUGAAAACGAAUAUCUCAGCGCACGCUCACGCGCGCAAGGCGCCCACAACACCUCGAUGCCAGACAAUAUGUCUUUUACAACCAUGGCAGCAUCAUCACCAUUAUUUUCGCAAGAAAAAGGCUCACGGCCCACCGAACUGUCGUCCUUUUCAAACGAAUCAGACAGGCCCAACUUCAUAAGUCCCGUGCGAGAAAAUUCACUUGAGGAGGCAUCGAAGGCCCGUGGGGUCAGUCCAGCCGAGGCCGAGGCCGAUGCCAGGCGCAAAGGCUCUUUACGGAUAUCACUGGCGGAUAGUGUCCCAAUUUCUGAACGGAUUGCCAUGGUAUUCGAUCGUGCCAGCGUGUUGCUCAGAGAGUCUAUGGAUCUGGAUGGUGUAGUUUUCCUCGACGCAAGUCGUAGUAAUUCCUCAUUCAAAUCGGCCCGAGAGCCUAAAAGCUGGGAGCCGUUCCCAUACACUGCGGAUAACGGGGUCCAGGUCGCUCCAGCCCCUAGUCCUCUGGGGGUGGCACAACCCGAAAAGCCCUGUGAUAUUCUCAGCUACGCUUUGAAACCCUCAUCAAACAAAACACAGGCAGACUAUGACAUCAAGGUGCCCGAGAAGCUUCUACACGAGUUGACAAUAGCUUUCCCCCGGGGCCAAAUCUUCAGUUUCGAAAAGAGUGUGAUUAAUGACUGCCUGUCUCACGGAAGUGAUCGGGCAACCAAUCUCGGCAUUGGCUUUGAGGCAGUGCAACAUAUCUCGGAUCGUCUAGCACAAUAUAUGCCAGACGCUGGUUCUGUUAUCUUCCUUCCCCUGUGGGACUGGAAUAAGUCUCGCUGGCUUGCUGGAACGCUAAUUUGGACCCAAAAGCGUCAACGCACUUUGGAGACCGAAGAAUUAUAUUUCUUCAAGGUCUUCGGGGAUUCUAUCAUUUCUGAAAUCUCUCGUCUUCACUGGGCAACCACUGAGAAAUCCAAGUUUGAUUUCAUAUCAUCGAUCAACCAUGAGCUCCGCUCUCCACUUCAUGGUAUCCUUGCCAGCACUGAAUUACUGCAUGCCACCAACCUCCUACCCUCACAAGAUGACAUAGUAAGGAUGAUUGAACAGUCUGGGAUGAAUCUGCUAGAGACCACCGAUCACCUAUUGGAUUUCUGCAAAAUUAACAAUUCGACUCUAAUGAAAAAGUCGCGCCCAGCGGAUGCUGAUGGUAACACCGCUGGGCUGGCCUCCGAUUUUGAUCUUGACACUCUGGUUGAAGAAGUCGCGAAUAUCAUUUAUACUGGUCAGAGGGCGCCUGGAAGAGAUCUUUAUCUUAGUCAGGCAUUGCCAUCCAGCAUCGUCGGCGAUGAAUCUCCUCGGCGAGUUCCCAGUGAAAUGGAUAAAAUGUCCGUUGUCGUUCGUGUCGAAAAAACCUAUGAUUGGAAGAUUCGCUCCGUGGCCGGUGCCUGGAGAAGAAUAGUGAUGAAUCUCCUCGGCAAUGCUAUGAAGUGGACAAAAAAAGGAUUCGUCGAGGUCUCACUAUCCAAGGCCCAGCACCCCUCCAAUACCGGCUCUUUUAUUGCCCACCUCACUGUCACGGAUACUGGCAGCGGAAUCGCGCCCGACUACCUCAAAAACCAGAUCUUUACUCCGUUUUCUCAGGAGGAUUCUCUUUCGGAGGGUGUCGGGCUUGGUCUUAGCAUUGUGCGCCAACUGGUAACUUCGCUCGGGGGCAAUAUCAUAGUAAAAAGUGACCAAGGCUUUGGAACACAGGCCGAUGUCUACAUCCCAAUUCAACGUCUUGGGUCCGGUCCAGGGCAAUUUUCCGGUGACGCCCUCAUUCAGUCACCAGAUCUGACCACGGGCAUUCACACAUGCUUCGUUGGCUUCAAUGCCUACCCAGACCUUCAAGAAAUUCCAACAGGAAUAUUGUCCGCAGAAGCAAAGCGAAAGCUUUCCAUCCAGAGCACGCUUGCCGAUGUUUUCACGACACAGCUCGGGUGGAACAUUUCCUUGGCCGAACAUCUCCAGAAUGCGCGGGGUGAUAUUGUCGUCAUCGAGGAAGAUAAUGUUGAAUCUCUAUCUGAACUUGAUUACAAUCAUCACUCUCAAUUCUUCGUCAUUCUCAGCGGCAAGGUUCCCACCCUUGGCGAUCACCUCCCACUAAAUGCGGUCCGAGUUUCCCAACCAUUUGGACCUCGGAAGAUCCAGCAGGCCGCCCAAAAGAUCUUGAAAUCGUAUACAGAGCGACAGACGGCCCUUAGCGCUGGUUCCAUGCCAGAUAUUCCUCCAAUAGAGCCUUCUGCUCCAUCAGUGUCAGAAGGGGUCCCCACAUCUGCCCCUAUUGACAGCAAAGUUAAUCCUCAUGGAGACAUUUCUGAGUCGGCAGUUCCGACUACACUACCACUCCGGCCAGCAAAUGAUCAAAACGGGAUACACGUUCUCGUUGUGGAUGAUAAUGAGAUCAAUCUCAAGAUCAUGGCUACGUUCAUGCAGAAGACCGGUUGCAGCUAUGACACAGCCUCCAAUGGACUCAUUGCGCUGGAGAAAUACUCAAGUUCAAGCCGGAAAUUCGAUUUCGUUCUAAUGGAUUUAUCUAUGCCCGUAAUGGACGGUCUCGUAUCAACAAGCAAGAUACGCCAAUAUGAAGACGAGAUCGGCCUCGAACGAUGCCGCAUUAUGGCGGUGACUGGAGUGGCUUCAGCUCCCAUGAAACAGCAAGCCUUUGCUGCUGGAAUUAACGACUAUCUGAUCAAACCUCUCUCUCUUCGCCAGUUGAAGACGAUUAUGAAUAUUUCAUGA